AUGUAUAAUCCACGUAAAUUGAGUAUCAUUGUCUAUAUUGGAGCCGUAGCCAUGCUUUUUGGUGGUCUAUUUACUUAUAUUUCCAACCAAGUUAUGAUGCGGAGUUGUGAAAAUAUAUUUAUGAUAGAUCUUGGAUUGAUGGGACUUCUUGCUCUUACACUUGCUACAGCUUUGCUAAAAGUAAACGAUCUAGCUACAACUUCAACAACUCAGGCUUCCGGUCUUACUGCUCUAGCUGUCAUUAUAUCUGCUGCAUCGCCCGCAAUAUUGGCCAGAUUAGUCAUAGCCUUUUUUUCAAGCGCCGUGCUUUUCGCUACUGGAAUUCUAGGCCUCAUUGCUCACGAAAAACAAGUUGUUGAUUUGGGUGUCUGGACUAAAACUUUUACUAACUUUACCGCUGGAAUCAGUGCUGCAUCGACUAUUGCUAUGGUUCAAACUCUCGUCCGCUAUGCUAACCAACCGGGCGAUACGAAAUGGGAACGAUUCGAUUUUACAAUUUUAACACUUUGCCAAACUCUAUUUACCUUCAUUGGAUUGAUCCUAUCCUCCGUUGCGAUCGUAGCUACCGAUGACGUCCUAAAUAAAGCGCCAAAACCUACUAAAUCGUCAGAUAUUGAUACCAUGAAUGUCGGUAUGCUGGUCUCCGCAUCAGUUGCAGGAGCUGUUGCAAUCUUUAAUAUGGCAAUUAUGAAUUAUCCUGUUUACGGAUUUCCACCUGUAGCUGUAGCUAUCAUGGUUAUUGUAACAGCUAGACACGGAAUUGAUAUCCAAACUACAGAUAACGGAAUAGCGAAAUAUCCAUACUACGUUCUCAGCGUUUUCAAUAGUUUUGGCAGUAUAUGGGCAAUCAGCAUGAGCGUCUAUGAAUUCUUGGCUCAUGCAUCCUAUCAAACUAGCCUUCUCAAGACCUUUUUCUUCUUCCGUUAUGCUUUUGGUAGCAUCACUAUUCUUAGUUUAAUUCCAGUCGCCUAUUUCAGUAUUAAAGCAGCUAUUCGAAGUAGCAAAGACGUGGAUAACUUAAGCAAUGGAAGUAUCCCCAUUGUAUAAUUGUUUAGGUGUCACCUCAACGCUAGGAUAG